GCACGUGAGACACACCUGGUCUUUACCUGCGUGUCAUCAAAGUCUGACAAAGAAGGGUUCAACUACAGAGUCAGUGACCAGUGACAGGAACAGAAAGAGAAAGAGGAGCGAACGACUUAAAGCUGUUUAAUAACGCUGAAGAACUAAGUGAGGCGCUGUUUGAAGAGAAGAGAGAAACCUUCAGGGAAAUAAAAAGAAAGAACGGUCUCGUGUGGUAAACAGUUCAUGCAUUUUACUGUAACUAAUAUAUUGUUAAUAGGAAAUUACAGGUUAAUUACAGGUACAAUCAACAAUAAUAAUUAUUUGGUGAACAAUCAAAUAAUCCCUUUAUUAUACAGUUACAGCUUCUGUGAGGAGUGAUAGAAUAACAAAUUACAGUUUUUAAUUACUGCUGCCAGAAAGUAAUAAUAAAGUAACAGUAUUAGAAGUAAUGGGUAAUAUAUUCGGGUCUGUGAGCAAUUAAAAAUGAUAAAAUAACACCAAAUUCAACGUUUACUGCGAUUACAGCAAUGUGUGAGAAUUAAGUAAAUCAAUGGCCCUUCGUUAAUGAUUUAUUAUUUGAAUACUCGACGACUCAGUCAUCUCAAGAACAAGGGACCAAAGUCCUCGUUAAUAACCUUAAAGUACAGGAAGCUGAGCACACACGUGACCAAACCCCUGAAGAGUGCUCUUCAUCAGCAGGGAUGAUGCGCGGUCCUCUGCUCGUCCUGUGUGUGGCUCACUUCAGCGGGACGCAGGAGACGCACGGACGCGUCGCGGCGCCGGAGCGCGUUCAUUUCUCCGAGGCGUUUGACGGAGCGCUGGACAGGAACUGGGUUCUGUCUAAAGCAGAGAAAGACGAGCAGCUCAGGAGAGUGGGUUAUAGAGGAGUCCAGAGAAGUCCGCUUCCUGGGAAACAGAGGCCUGGUCCUCAAGUCUCCUGGAAAACACCACGCCAUAUCGGCGUACCUGCAGAAGACCUUUCACUUCACAGACAGACCUCUGUGUUUACAAGCCAGUUCAGCGACAGCACACCGUACACCGUGAUGUUCGGUCCAGAUAAGUGCGGCAGCUCACACAAGAUCCACUUCAUCCUUGGUCGUCGUGACCCAGUCACAGGGACGUAUGAGGAGAAGCACGCUCCACAGCCGGAGACCGAUCUCAGUGAAUAUUUCACCGACCAGCGUCCACAUCUCUACACUCUGAACUUGUAUCCCGACGACACGUUUGAGAUCCUCGUCGACCUGACACUGAUUAAUAAAGGCAGUGUGUCUGAGGACAUGACCUCCUCCGCUCAAGAAACACAAGACCAGGAUUCAGCACAGUCUGAACAACACGGAAGGUUCAUCCUGAGCCCGGUCUCUGCCGUGGGUUUUGAGCUCUGGUCCCUCACCGCAGACGUGAUGUUCGACAACAUCUUCCUCUCGGACAGCCUGGAAGACGCCCGGCGCUGGACAGAAGACACGUGGGGCCGGAGACCGAGCCCUGGAGUCAUUGAGAAGCUGCUGAUGGCGACGCUGAAGAAGCCGUGGCUCUGGGGGGUUUACGUCGUGACCGUGGGUCUUCCCAUCAUCCUCUUUGUGAGCUUCAUGUGGCCUGAUAAGCGGUUCGGUCCUCCGGAUCAGGAUUAUUACUAUAAGAAGACAGACGAGGUUCAGGCGGAUGCUCAUCAGGAGGAAGACGUGUCUCGUGAUGAAGGUGUGUGUCCAGCAGCGGUGGACACUGAACACAGAGCCGUCAGGAGAAACACACACCUGACCGCAUGACACACACACACACACAGACUCACACACACACACACACACACACACUCACACACACACACACAUCUAAUCCUCUCAUUAAUACAAAUGAUUAACACUCUCAUUCUCACUGCUGUCAUGUUCACAAAAUGUCAGUUUGACUAAUAAAUAUUUAUAUUUUAUGGUAUUGUCUUAAAUCAUUUUUAUUUUAAUGUAAGGUCCCAAAUUGUAUUUUAAAGAUUUUAGUUUUUAAUUUUUUCAACAAAGCAGCUGAUCUGAUAAUACACACAGUGCAGUGCAUGCUGGUAUUUUUGUUUCUUAUAUACUUUAUACUUUACAGGUGUAUGAAGGUGUGAUUUAAGUACCCUAAUUUGUAUAAUUCUGUAUACUUAUAUGUUUAGACAUCCUAAUCGGCCGUGACCUAAAAGCAUCUUUGAUGUCUAGUGCCUCUUUUUUUUGUCGACUGGUCCCUACAGUGAUGUGAAUUAGAGGGAAACGUGCUUACUGUUAUGUCAUGAUGUUAAUGAGUCUGAAAAAUCUCUCUUUUUCUUCUGAUUUGUGAAUGAAACGCUGAAAGACUUGUUUCUGAGUCAGAGGCAGCUUCAGCAGAUCACGUCUGAAACAUCAGCACUAAUAAAACUAGUAAAGCAUUUUCUCACUGCUCUAGCUUGAUACACAAGUAUUCAUAAGAGUGAACAGAAGUAUACUUAUUCAUGAAAAAAUGCAUGAUUGCACUUAAUGUUUCCUUACUAAAUUGUCAUAUAACUAUACAUUUAGGUUAAAAUUGAAUUGAUUGAAUUGCCGCUUCACUUACUGCCACAAGAUGAUAAUCAGAGCAUGUCCUGUAGAGAAGUAUAUUUAUCACGUGAAUUGGUGAAGUGCUACAUUAAUAAGUAAUAAAUACUCACUGUAGAUCAAUGCAGGAUGCACCAGUGUUUUCAACACGUGAUAUAAGCAUUUCUGUUUAUUUCAGCUGUACACAUCAUUACAAAAUGUACAUUCCUAGUGUCUGUAGGACGUCUCAGUAUGCUGGGGAACAAAGCCACUUUUACACAGCGCUUUAAUCUUAAAUACAGUAUGUAAAUGUGCUCACACUGCUUCCUACACGUGCUUGUUUACUACUCUGUACUGCACUUCAUGUCAGAAUUAGAAGCUUAUACACGAUUCAUUCUGCUUCACGUGAUCAUUUGAGGAAAAUGUGCUGAAUAUGUCUGCAGAAUAACAGACCUGGAUGCUUCCGGAUCAUUUUCUUUACGCACGAUAUAGUUUGAUCUUUAAUCUGCGCUGAAACAUUGAGAUUCACCCAAAAACAUGCAGUCUUUGAAUUGAAUUAGAUCUGCGCUGUGUGAACAACUCUAAAGUAGACAAACCACUUCUUCAUCUACUCAAGCAAUCAAUCAAUCAAUCAAUCAAUCAAUCAUUCACAAAUAAUCUGGGUGAUUGACGUUAGUUCAUUCUGUAGAAAACACAAUUAGUAUGAUCAAGGAACGCCUGUAAAUGAUCACAUACACGUCAUGACUGAUUAAAACAGAGCAAAGGCAAGCGUCAGGUCAUUACUCUUAACUCGUCCAUUUCUAUUUGAAGUUACGCAGAUGAUUAGAAACAGCUGGCUUGAGUAGUUCACCCAAAACUAGAACAGUCCUGUCCUGUUAUCAUCAGCCUGCUUUCCUCCACAAACACAAAACACAGGU